AUGGAGAUGAUUGUUUCAAAUGCCGUGAUGCCGCCGCGUAACCUGCUUCCGUCCUACUCCCUUGCUGCCGACCCACAAGCAUUCGUCAACGAUACCGUCUCGGUAAACCCCUCUGAGGCCCCCCUGGAACCCAUCGACGAGACCUCAGCCCACGACCCGAUUGAGCAUUCUUCGUCCUCCUCCUCCUCCUGCUCCUCCGCAGAGGGUCGUCUCGCCGGUCAUGCGCUUGCUCCGAGAGCUUGUAUGGAGGAAGACGAAGAGGGAGAGAAGGAGGAAGGGGCGAUGAAAGAGUUCGAUUUUGAGUACACCUUGACUGCCUCAGAGGGUCCUUUCUUAUCCUACCCCGCCACCUCGAAAGAAGGUGAAGAGGAUUUAUUCGACGCCGAGGAUUAUCCUGUACCCCAGGUGAACUUGCCCAAGUAUGAUCCAAACGACCCUCUUUGGAUAUACAUCGACACCUGGCUGAAGACCCCUGAACUCCCUGACCCCUUCGUUCACGUUCUAGCCCAAUACCACCAGAGCCUUGAGACUUACCUCAACACUAUCCUCGCGCCGCCGCCGCCGCAAGAAGAAGCUGAUAAUAACGCCGAUUCGUCCUCGCGCCAUGAUUCUGUGCCUCUGGGAGAGGAUCCGAACACUCAAGGCCCUACCACCUUGCACGGUCCAGCGACACCGGCACCAAUGACUGAGGAUGUUGAUGACCUGUUCAGGAUCCCAACCAGGCCGGGGCUGUGGAGUGCUUUGUGGGUGAUGGGCGACGACGACGACGACGACGAGGUUCCUGAUCUACGAGAUGGUUCUGCGCAAGUCCAUUAG